CCUUGUAGGCAAAAUUGAAAUAAACGUUUGAACCCUCUCUGCUGAUUGUUUGGGGACUCCUCAAUGAAGAUUGUUUUAAAGUGUGUUCAAAGUCCUGACUCAUUAACCGUUUUAAGAUGGGGGAUCAUGUUGAGGUACAGAUCACUCCAGAGACUCCAGGCAGGCCUUCCAUCAGAAACCCCUUUGAAAGUCCCAAUGACUACCACCACCUCCGUGAAGCCCUGGUGCCAAGUCCAUCUGUCUUCAAGUCUAAGGCUUGCAAAUCUACUCCUCCCAAGUUCAACUGGUCUAUUGAUGAAAUGGCCAGUCUUCAUCCAGUACACAUAGACCCAGAGGAAAUCCAGCGACAAUCUUUUUACCUCAGCCAGACAAGAAUGGAUUCUGACAUUGAGGAGAAGCGUCAGAAUGCUAUUGAGCAGUUUUUCACCAAAGGAGCCAUCGUGCCUUCCCCCUGGGCAGCACCAGACACCCGUAAAGGCCCUCAGAUCUAUAUGAAAAGUUGUAUGUCUGCAAUGAUUGCAGAGGAGCCAGAAAAAAUCUCAGUUGCUUGUCAGACAACUCUGUCGUUACCUUUGGCUUUUGAUUUGGAGAAAGUACUAGGGGAUUAUUACCGCCAUGAGGAAGUGUGUGAUGCUGUGCAGGAGAGUCUCAGUUCCUCCUCCUUAAGACGAAAACUCUUCCUCGAUGGCCAGGGCAGUUACAGCGGCUCUGACAGCUCCAGUCCACCAAGCCCAGAGAGAAGUCAUCUUUGCAAGGAGAGGCCUUCUCUUAACAUGGUACAAGGCACUGUAGGAGAGGUUGAUGCUGUGUCACCUACCUUUUGCUCCCCUUUGUCCUGUGGCGUUUCAGCUCCGACUCCCUCUACGGGUCAGUUCUCGUCUAGUCCGAUCCAGCAUGGCUGCUUCCGGGACUGCAGCCUUGGCAGCAUCUCCAGUCCUCUCUUCCCUGACAGGUCGUCUCCUGCUGGCCUCGUCUCCCCCACAGUUUCUCCUAUUGUUGCACAUGCAGCACGCACACCCAUAGGCUCAGCUGAGAGAAAGCAGCCGAGCAAUUUGACGCCACACUGUGUUCCCCUGGAUGCUGUCACUUCCUGCAAUGAGAGCCCAUUUGUCGAAGGCUGCUCUCCGAUACGUAGCUGCUCUCCACACCAGCUCCACUGCCACAAUGAGCCACAGAGUAUUGCCAGACCCAAGCCACGGCCCAGAGUCCGUUGCUGGGCCUCCCCUCCCCUCAUCUCCCCGAUCCUCAACCCUAAGCUCCAAGACAAUCAGGAGGAUGAGGAAAAACUUCCCACGUUGUCGUCGUCGUCCUCCUCUUCCACUUCUCUUCCCCCUAUGGAGCUAGAUCCAUCUUCACCUAUGGCCCGUGACGCUCACCCUGUUGACACUGAGAGAGUUAGCCUGGAUCCUAUGGAACCUGUGAAAAUGGAGGAGGAAAAGGACACGGGGAUAGAAGGGGGGUUGGCGGACGAGGGGGAUGAAGAGGAGGAAGGUGGAGGGCCUUCAGAGCAGCUGACCAGCUCUCGCAUGGGCAAUGUGUCAGCAAUAGAAAGCUCACAGAUGUUUCUAUCUCUUCUGGCAGAGGGAAGCAGCAUACCCUACGAUUCCAGCAUGCAGGUGGACAGUGGGUACAACACUACCUCAGUAGGCACCACCAGUCUUAUAGAUGGCCUCAGCUCAGACUGUCAAAGCAGAGAGUCCUUCACUUCAAACCAGGCAGAAGAAGCCUUCCAAGUCACUCGACACACUAAAGUAAAGGUAUAUUAUCAUCACCACUGAGCCGUCUGGUUGAUGCAUUUAAAGGGAUGCCUCUUCCAGUGGAAACUGAAGAUGAUUAUUUUGCAAUCAAAAGGUGUACACUAUGUUUGAAGCAUUUAUCUUGAUUAAUUUUGUUAGUGUGAAUGGUGUCAACUGUUAAAUGAACUAUGAACAGAACUGAGGGGUUUCACAAGUGGUUAUUGGUUCUUUUAAGGUUUAAAGUUAAAAUUGCUUCAAUGGAAGCAAAUGCUCUUCCAUAGUAUGUUUUAUCACAGAAGGGAGAAGACUAAUCCAUGGCUGAUCUUAGUCCCUCUGUAACACACUGAAAAACUAUAAUUCUAAAUAAACAGUUUUGGACUCAGUAUACUGGUCCAAAAAAAACACAAAAAACACCAGUUCUGUAUCAGACGUGCACGGUAACCUCCUUGAAUGCUUUAUUGAUGCUAAUGCCUUCAUUUCAAUUUUAUGUGGUGCUGAUAUGAUUGACCUGAUCCUGACUUUCAGAUGACAGCAGAUUUGUACUGUAUUUAUGUUUUUAUCAUGAAGUUUUUAUGAGAGCUUUUUUCUUUUAUUAUGUGUAUGAAUGUUUCAAGUUCAGGUUACCCAUGAAUCUUCUUUGGAUUGUUGGGAUACUAUUUAUUGCUGAAUAAGGGACACUGAAUGCCACCAGCAAAUUAAAAGCUGACUGAGCCACGUG